AUCAGAGUCCAGGACAGGAGAUCAGAGAGGAAGGAUCUCGGAGGAGCCAGCAUGAGUUACAUCAUACGCCCCUGGGUUGCAGGAGACCUUAAAGCCGUCAUGCGACUUAUUAGGGAAUCUGCAGCUUUCCACAAAGCUUUGGACCAGCUGACAACCACCCCAGAAAUUCUCAGAAAAGAUGGGUUUGAGAAAGGUUCCACCUUCGGAUGCCUUGUAGCUGAGCUGCCCCCGGAACAGAAGAGCAAAGAUGGUCGCACAAUAAUCGGGUACCAGUUCCAUUACCUGUCCUACUGCACGUGGUACGGCGGAAUCCUCUUCGGCGAAGAUCUCUACGUGGUGCCGGAAUUCCGAGGAAAAGGCAUUGGCACAAGUUUAAUGAAUAAAGUGGCAAAGAUCGCGCUGGAGAAAGGCUGCUCCGAGUUCCGGUUCAUCUCUGCCCGGUGGAACCAGCCAGCGAUGGAUUUCUACGCCAAGUUGGGAGCCGUGAACGUUACGAAUCGGGACCACUGGCACCUCUGCCACAUUGAAGGGGAGAGUGUCCGGAAGCUAGCGGAGCAAGCGAGGAAAUAGGAGGAGCCGAGAUAUAUUGGCAGUACUUGUUUGGCCCAGAGAAUUAUUCAGAAUUCCAUUUUUGUGCCCCUGGCUCCAAGCCUUAGAGGCCAUUUUGACAAAGGUUUAGGCCCCCUCCUGCAGGACGGACCUUCACCAAGUCAGAUGCCCUCUGGAAAUUUUGGACUACAACUCCCAUCAGAUCCAGGGAGCUCGGCUGCGCUUGCUCAGGAUGAUGGGAGUUGUGGUCCAAAGCAUCUGGAGGGCGCCAGGUUGGCGAAGGUUGUGCUACACCCCAAACCCCUGUC